AAGAAGGUUGGGAAAUCGGAAGUUUUGUUUGCGAUAAAGUACGACAUGCCAGCUGGCCAGUCGGCGGAGCCGGUGGAGUAUGUGUUUAUCGAGUAUGGGGAUGGGAUGGCGAAGUUGCCCGUGAAGCAGGCUGCGAAGAUGCUGUACCGAUACAAUCUCCCCAGUGAGAGCAAAAAGCCUCGAACUUUGAGCAAACUGAACGACACCAGUGCAUGGGAGAAGAGAAGAACAAAAGGAAAGAUAGCCAUCCAGAAAAUGGUUGUUGACUUGAUGGAGCUAUACCUUCAUAGAUUGAAACAGAAACGACCACCCUAUCCAAAAAAUCCAGCCAUGGCUGAAUUUGCUUCGCAUUUUCCAUACAAACCCACCCUUGAUCAAAAGCAGGCUUUUAUUGAUGUUGAGAGGGAUUUAACAGAAAGGGAGACUCCUAUGGACAGGUUGAUCUGUGGAGAUGUUGGGUUUGGCAAGACCGAAGUUGCACUGCGUGCCAUCUUUUGUGUGGUUUCUGCUGGCAAACAAGUGAUGGUCCUAGCACCAACCAUAGUUCUAGCUAAACAACAUUCUGAUGUCAUCUCUGAGCGGUUUUCUCGAUAUCCUCAUAUAAAGAUUGGACUCCUUAGCAGGUUUCAGACCAAGUCUGAGAAAGAGGAAUACCUUAAGAUGAUUAAACAUGGGCAAUUGGACAUUAUUGUCGGCACCCACGCACUUUUGGGAAAUAGGGUGGUUUACAACAAUCUCGGUCUGCUUGUCGUUGAUGAGGAACAGAGGUUUGGGGUCAAGCAGAAGGAAAAGAUAGCUUCAUUCAAGACUUCAGUUGAUGUUCUUACUCUUUCAGCAACACCUAUUCCACGUACCCUUUACUUGGCAUUAACUGGAUUUCGUGAUGCUAGUUUAAUUUCGACACCACCUCCAGAAAGAGUUCCUAUUAAGACUCAUCUAUCAUCAUACAGUGAAAGCAAAGUCUUGUCAGCAAUUCAGUUUGAAUUGGAUCGUGGUGGGCAAGUGUUCUAUGUUCUGCCAAGAAUAAAAGGAUUGGAAGAAGUCAUGGAGUUUCUUGAACAAUCCUUUCCAGACGCUCCAGUUGCGAUUGCUCAUGGAAAGCAACACUCAAAGCAGCUGGAAGACACCAUGGAAAAGUUUGCUGCAGGAGAUAUUAAAAUUCUCAUCUGUACAAAUAUAGUGGAGAGUGGACUGGAUAUUCAGAAUGCCAACACCAUAAUAAUUCAGGACGUUCAGCAGUUUGGGCUGGCCCAACUAUAUCAGCUACGAGGAAGAGUGGGUCGUGCUGACAAAGAAGCUUAUGCAUAUUUGUUUUACCCCGACAAGUCGUUGCUUUCUGAUCAAGCAUUGGAGAGACUUGCAGCUAUUGAGGAGUAUCAGGAUCUUGGUCAAGGAUUCCAACUUGCAGAAAGAGACAUGGGAAUAAGAGGAUUUGGAAAUAUUUUUGGUGAGCAACAGACAGGGGAUAUCGGCAAUGUUGGAAUUGAUCUCUUCUUUGAGAUGCUUUUCGAAAGCUUGUCGAAGGUUGACGAACAUCGCCUUGUGCCAGUCCCUUACGAAAAUGUUCAGCUCGACAUAAAUAUCACUCCCCAUCUCUCCUCUGAAUAUAUAAAUUAUCUUGAGAAUCCCAUUGAAUUAAUUAAUGAAGCUGAAAAAGCUGCAGAAAAAGACAUGUGGAGUUUAAUGCAAUUUACUGAGCAUUUACGCAGGCAUUAUGGGAAAGAACCUCGCUCCAUGGAGAUACUUCUUAAAAAGCUCUAUGCAAGACGAAUGGCAGCAGACCUUGGCAUCAAUAAGAUAUACACAUAUGGCAAGAUGGUUAUCAUGAGAACAAACAUGAGUAAGAAGGUAUUUAAGAUUAUGACAGAGUCAAUGACAUCUGACAUACACCGCAAUUGUCUGGUUUUCACUGGAAAGGAGAUCAAGGCCGAGCUUCUGCUAGAGCUACCAGGGGAGCAACUUCUUAACUGGAUUUUCCAAUGCUUAGCAGACCUCUAUGCUUCAUUGCCUGCUCUUGUGAAAUAUUAGUACCUUGUUAAACAAUUAUACAAAUUUAUUAUUUUUCACCUCUGAUCACCAUUGGUUCGUGGUGGAAAAGGAAGAGAGUCAGCAUCUUGAUUGGUGCUCUGACUGAAGAACUUCAAGGUGUAUAUACCUUUUCUCCAGCACAAGCUUGUGAUCAUAAUUGAGGGAAAAGGAAAUCAGUUGAAGAAAAUGCUGUUGUUCUUUCAAAUUGGAGAAGUAUAUUGUAUCAUAUGGCUACUAACAUCACAGAUCGUUGGUAUAUUGGUAUUUUACCACAUCCUAAUGAGACAGACGGCGAUUCUUUCAACUUGUGCACUUUGUAUGGGUGUUUCGUCAUGACAGGAGGCUUCUGCUGCGACUCAAGUACGACAUGAGAGCGAAAAAAAAAACCAUUCAAAAUGUGUUCCUAAACCAGCUAUACAGGCAAGAAUGAUUCCAUGGAUGGUGGAACUUAUUUCGAAGUAAGUACACAUAACACGGUUCAGCGUAUUAGUAAAAUACCCGACUGGUUUAUGGAUGUGUUUAAAUUAUCGGAGAAAAUAUGUUGAAAAUGUAUCUGUAAUAUCUACAUGCUUCACCGCAGGCAUUCUCAGAUGACUUUGUAUGAGGUAAUACAUUGGAUUAAAUUAAUUAUCAUAUGAGGUAAUACAUUGGAUUAAAUUAAUGAUCUGCAAUAAACUGUCCCUAAUGGAGGGUACCAAAUUCCAAA